AUGGCAUCCAUUCAAUUCGGUAUAUUACUGUUUCCCUUCCAGCUCAGCGAUUGUGCCAUGCCCCUGGAUAUCAUCUUCUCCUCAACCAAGCGAGCCCUCGCCAGCAUGGAAGGCGCCGGGUUCCCAGCCGGCAUCUCCGAAAGGGGCAUCCCUGAGAUUCAAUUCCACUACAUUGCGGCCACCAGCCUCGAUCCAGUCCGACUGUAUACCGCAGGCUUCACGACGCUUCCCACCACCACUGUUGCGGACUGCCCCAAACUCGACUACCUCCUCAUUGGUGGGCCGGAAACCAGUUACAUUCAGAACUUGCCCAGUGAAGUCUCGCGGUUCUUGCAGGAAAGAGUGACAGAGGUCACCACUAUCUUCACAACGUGCACCGGUGCAAUGGUGCUCGCUGCUGCUGGUGUUCUGGAUGGCAUCGAGGCGACCACCAACCACGGCGCGGUUCCCCUUGCCCAGCAGCUUCUGCCCAAGGUGAAAUGGACGAGGGAGAAGCAGUGGGUUGUCAGUGAGGGUGGCAAGUUCUGGACAGCUGGGGGUGCAUGCGCGGGAAUGGACAUGUUCGCUCAUUGGGUGAUGGGGAAGUAUGGUGUAGAUGUUGCUACGUAUGCUUUUGCUGCUCUAGAUUACAGCCCGAGGGGUCAGGAUAAACAGCUGGUUCAGUUGCCCAGCGUGAAAUGGACCGCUUGA